UCUUUUUUUGCUUCCAUCAUCAUAUGAAUGUUUCUUUGUCUCUCUCGGGCUCUGGUAAAUCUCAGCUUUAUUCUUAUUGUUUUUCAGAGAGAUAAACACGAUAACUAAAUAAUUGAAAGCUGGCGGAGCCAUCGUAUCUGCCGGUACCACCAGAAGCAACGGUCACGGGACGUAAGGUCGCCGGAGGCUAACGCUUCUCGAUCAGAUGUCAGCAAGUAGCAACGGGAGAGACUUAGCCGGAUUGAGCCUACACGACGUGUUGCUGGCCCCUGCAGCCGCCAAACAGCCCCCUCCACCGCCCGCACUUCCCGCCAUAAUCUCGGGUCGGACCCUACUCGAUAUAAUCCGCGACGAGGAGCCCAAGUCCUACCGGGCCCUGAUUGGCAAGAAGGAUAAGAAAGCCUGGAAGUCGUUCAAAGAACGCCUCCUACUCAAACGAGCCGGCUCGGCCUGGACCUCCUCCGUCCGUGUCCCCACCUCCGACAUCCCUAUCCGGAAUACGACUAACUACGGUUCCAAUCACCACCACCACCCGCGAUCUCGCAACUCCCGUCGCAGCUCGGUCCGUUACGUCACUCCCGAGUCCGAUCUCGACAUGACUCAGCAGGUCGAGAGGCAAAUUUCGCGGCGGGGCUCCACCCGGUUCAGCGCCAACCCCUCGAUUCCGCCCGACGAGGUGGAUAUAAACAACCCCCGCGCCUCGAUGUUCUCGCGCCAGGGCUCUGUGCGGUUCGCGGCGGACGAGGUCGCGGCGGACUCUCCAAGGCGGCGAUUGUCGGCGGCGCUGGACGAGGAGAGAUCGCUGUCGGCGAGGGAAGCUGUAGCGGCGCAAGAGGCUGCCGAAGCUGCGGCGGCGGCAUUGGCUGCGGAAGAAGAUACGAGAAAUGACGUGUCGUCGGGAGAGACGGGUGCGGCGUCGGGGACGGCGGAGCCGGUGAGGAUGUCGUUGAUGGACUUGUUGGAGGAGACGGACAGGCAGAUGGGGGUGGAGUCGAGGUACACGAUGGACGAGGACGAGGAUGAGCAGGUGUACGAGGAGGAAGAGGAGGAGGAGGAGGUGGAUGUGGCGGCGGAAGAAGGGAAUGUGGAGUAUAACUGCUGCGUGUGCAUGGUGAGGCAUAAGGGCGCGGCGUUUAUCCCCUGCGGGCAUACGUUCUGCAGGAUGUGCUCCCGAGAGCUGUGGGUCCAGCGGGGCAAUUGCCCCCUCUGCAACAAUUUCAUCUUGGAAAUUCUCGAUAUUUUCUGAACCAGAAAAAAAGUAAAAGUAAAAGAAAAUGCAAGUUUCAACUUUUAAUUGGAGUUUUUAGAGGAAACCUUUUUUUAUUUUAUUAUUUAUUUUUCGUUUUUGUAUUUUCCUCCUAAUUAGUUUCAGAUUUCAGUAAAAAUGAAUGAAUGCCUUCUGUCCGGCCUCUUCUCUGUACAUAUAUGUUUUCUUUCUCCAGGUUGAGGCUGUAACGGCUAUAAAAGGUUCGGAGUCUUCCAGCAA